ACCAAAAAAGCUAAAGCGAAAGAAGAAGAAGAAAAGUAAACAAAACGUUUUCGGCCGUCUUUUUUCCCGUUAUACCGAGAGGCGCUCGCUCUCCGUAGGGUACAACAAUACAAUAGACUGCCACUCACUGUCACCAGUCACCACCAUCAUUUCCUGCCUUUUCCAAACGCUCCCUUCCGCUCUCUGUCUUCUUCCGUUGACGUCCUCCCCUGUUCAACACUGCAAUCCAAGCUACACAAAACAGAGGAAGGGUCAACAGGAAUUCUAAUACUUCACCCAGCAGCAGCUCCACCUGUUUCUCAUCUUCCUUCCCCGAGUUGGCGCGGCCGUGGAGUGGGGUCGGAGAAUUUUGGGUCCGUUUCUGGUUGGAGCGAUUUGAUUUUCCCGGCUUGUGGGCGGCAAAAGGGGUAAGUCAUUGAUUUCGACUUACCCAUUUUUCAAAAUUCUUCGAAAAGGGGUAAAUGAGAGGAAUUAAAUACACCCCUCCUGUGAUUAAUGCCGCGUGCUUAAAUGGAUUUUUGUGCGGGUCGGUUUCGCCUUGAUUUGGAUUUUCUUCUUCUUGAAUUCUUGGCUGUUUAAUGGCGUCUCUGGUUGUUGUUGUUGGCUUCUUCUGGGUGUAGACAGAGAAGAAACAGGAGGAAGAAGCGUUUUGUGUAUUGGGUUGUCUUUUUGGACCGUUGGAGCCAAAACGCGGGUGCUCUCUCAAGGUAAAGUUUGGAUUCUACGUUUCUCUUCUUUCUUUUUGCUUUCUCUGUUUCUUCGUUUUGGUGGAUAAUAACGUUUUUUCUUCUUUGAUCUGACUUCAGUUUCUUUCUCUCUGAAUUCUCGUUUUUCUUUGAUUUUCUUGGCAACCAAAUGAGCUGGGGUUCAAUUGGGGUUUAUCAGCUCAAAUCUACUUGAUGCAUUGGACAUAAUUGGAAUAUAUUCUGAUUUCAUAUACUGGAAAAAUCGGUUUAGGUUUUCAUUGGUUGCUCUCGUUUCUCAAAGAUUACUCUGCUGCAGCAAUAUGACGAAUUAGAUGAAUCGGGGUAGUUUUUUUUCUUUUGUUUCGUCCCCUUUUCUGAUGCUCUGACUCUAGGGUUUUUCUGGAUCAGAAUUAGCUAGUGGAGUUGGUGGUAGUAUCUUUAAAGAUCGAGCUGAAUGAGAUUGAAUCAGAAGCCAUAGCACAUGGUUCUGUAAUUAACUGAUUAUUUAACUGAGCGAGCCGCUGAACUCUGAAGUGUGCACAUGGGUUUUCCCCCUUGUGUUGAUAAUCCAGCUUCCCUUGUGCCCAAUUGAUCUGUGUCCCUUUUUUUUCCCAUUGUUUGUAUCGGUUGAUGUCUUCAUGAUAUGUUUAUCUUUGAAGCUGUGGAGUUUGGUUAGGAAUCUCAUAACUGAACAUUUGGCUAUUUUCAGAAACUGUUGCAAAGGCCAGAGUGGAAGCUGCAUUGUUCUCAUUGUUGAGUAUAUUUAGAUGAAGAAGCUAUUCUUUUUCCGGUCUUCCCCUAAUGACGGAAGCAGCAAUGCUGGGUCUCCAUCAUCAAGGAAGGAGAAUCGACCUGAAAGUGGGCUCAUAAUAGAUCACGUUGGUGACAAGCCUGGAAGCAAUUUCAGGAGCCCCAAGAGCUUGUUUUCUAACUCAAAGAAGCAAGUUCAUGAUAGCCAAAGUCCCAGUUCCAAUCCCGGUCUUAGAAAGAGUCGCUCUUAUUCAUCUGGAGCUUUUCUACUUGAUGAUGAUGGGCAGUCACACUUCUCAGUUCCAGUCAAUCGAAGUAAAUCUCCUAGCAGUUAUUCUUCUCGUAGCAGUAGGCGUGCACUUACCCCUGUGAGGCAAGUUAGACCAGAGCAACAUGAAAUUCAUAGACUGGAGAGGCCUACUUCUGGUUCUACCAGCAGCAGUAAUGCUUCAACAAAGGUCUUGGACCGCUAUAUUGAUGGUGAGCAACAACUAGAAAGAAGCAAGCCGAAAAAGGUUUCUUCUCAGAGAUACGUUACGUCUGGGAGUGGGAAUCCAGGUGGGAAGCUUCCACCUCGAGUCCAAUAUACUGCCCCUACUUCACCAACACAUCCUGUCAGAGAUAAACCAAAGUCUCACUCUUUUAGGGAGUCUAAACGAACCCAUUCUCGGUUUUCUUGCAAUGAUGACUGGAUGGAGAAUGAUCUUGGGCACGGAUCACCUAGGAGACUUGCAAAGAAUGUUAUUGAGAGACUCGCCCAAGCUCACGGUUUCCCUAAAUCAAAUGCCAAGGAGGUUGAUUGUGGUGUUCCGAUCACAAUAGAGGAUGUUUAUGGUGGAUCACUAAGUAGUCGGUUCGACUCGAACCCAGAUGCUCAGGCUGGGAAAAGCUCCUUUUUCGAGGGGUCAUGUGAUGGUACUGUUGACAUGUAUCACGGAGAUGAUGAGUACUUGGGCUACCGGCAAGAUGUCCAUCAAGGAGAUGAUUUUAGGGAUAUAAAGUCUGUCAAAGCUGAUCCGGAUCCUGUUGAUAUGGAGCUGGAAAGAAGAUCAAAAGAAGCUGAGGAGAGGGUUGUUGUUCUAUCCGAAGAACUUGAGCAGGAAGGCUUUCUCCAGGAUCGGGGUUUUGAUAGUUCAUCAUUCGUCCAUUUUGUUAGAAACCUAAUGGAGGACAGGGUAAGCAUGGCAAUCGAGAUCUCAGGGCUUCUCAAAUCUCAGAUUGUGGAGAGGGAUUCUGGAAAGGAAGCACUUAGGCUGGCAAAGGCAGAUCUGGAGUCACGCAGUCUAAGACUGGAGAAGGAAAAGAAUGAGCUGCAGUCAGCAUUGGAGAAAGAGUUAGACAGGAGGUCAAAUGACUGGUCAUCAAAACUUGAGAAAUGCCAGUUAGAGGAGCACAGACUGCGUGAGAGGGUCAGAGAGCUUGCAGAGCAAAAUGUGUCUCUCCAGAGGGAAGUCUCUGCUUUUAGUCAAAGGGAGACUGAAAGCAAAAAUGUGAUGACUUAUUCAGAGCAACAAGUUAGGCAGCUGACUUCAAGUGUGCAGGAGUUGACCCAGGAAAAUGAGCACUUACAGCAAACCUUAUCUGAGUUGCAGGAGAAGUACACAGCGGCUAGACAGGAUUUAAAUUGUAUCAGGAGAAAUUUUGAAGCAAGGGAUAAGGAGUGCAAGGAGCUACAAAAGUCAACUACAAGAUUGUUGAGGACUUGCAGUGAACAGGAGAAGACAAUCGUUGGAUUGAGGGAUGAAUUCGGUGCUGAAAUAGAGAAUCAGCAGUCAGUGGACAAAUUUGAUAAGCACGUGACAAAGAUUCGAAUGGAACAAGUGAGGUUGACUGGAGUAGAGCUGUCACUUAGAAGGGAAGUGGAAUCUCACAGAAAUGAAGUCGACUCUCUUCGACAUGAGAAUAUGAAUCUACUGAAUCGAUUGAAGGGCAGUGGGAAUGAGAUUUAUGCAGCGACUCUCAAACUAGAUCAAGAGAUGCAGACCCGUGUAUGUUGUCUGCAAAACCAGGGAUUAUCUCUGCUGAAGGAGAGCACCCAAUUGUGUUCCAAGUUGUUGGAGCAAAUCAAAGGGAAUGCAGGGGAAUGUCUAGAAACAGCACAUCGGAUGGAGUUUAUCAGAAACGGUUUAGACGGGCAUUUCCUUGUUGAAUCCGAUGUCAAAGUUCAGGGCUUUAAGCGUGGAAUAGAGAGCCUAACAAGAGGUUUGCAGUCUGUUUCAUCUAUACUGCAGGAAAAGUCAAAUCCUGUUGCUCCAUUGUAUCAGCAGCCAAAUCAUCCAACAUCAGAGGAUACAUUGAAGUUUGAACUAAAAGCUGAGGCUUUGCUUACGAGUCUGCUAAGGGAGAAGCUUUGUGCUAAAGAGAUGGAAGUUGAGCAAUUGCAAGCUGAGAUAGCAGCAGCUGUGAGAGGCAAUGACAUCCUCCGAUAUGAAGUCCAGAAUGCCAUGGAUAACCUAUCAUGUGUCACCCACCAGUUGAAAGAUUUUGAGCUUCAGAUGUCAAAGAAGGACGAAAACAUGAGUCAGCUUCAGCAUGAUCUCCAAGAAUCCAUGAAGGAGCUGUCGUUGGCGAAGGGGAUACUGCCUAAAGUGACACAGGAGAGAGAUAUAAUGUGGGAGGAAGUAAAGCAGUACAACGAGAAGAACAUGCUGUUGAACUCGGAGGUAGGUUUGCUGAAGAAGAAGCUUGAGGCUCUCGACGAAGACGUGCUGGUGAAGGAAGGUCAGAUCACGAUACUGAAAGACAGCUUGAGGAAGAAGAGAUCCUUCGACCUUCUCGCGGAUCCUGAUUCUGCAGCAGAGUUCUUGUUGGAGUAGUCGAAUUGGGCUUUCGUUGUUAGGAGUAGUGUACAGGGGAGACUGUAUACUUACAGUAUACUUGAGUGUGAAGUUAGUUGGUUCCUUGGUUUAGUCUGCUUCUUUUUCGUCGAUGCAUGGUCUCUUUGCUGUUAUCUUUUUCACCAAGAAUUGUAUGUAGUGGUUUGGUUUUCUCUUCUCUGUUACAUAGUCUUAUACAGGAUUUCUCAGGGCACUGGAAAAUUACAUCGUGUUUCAGUAAAUUUUGUUCUUGUGAUUUCAACAGAUAAAAUCUAACUGGCCAU